AUGCAUGUCGUUUGGGAUAUAUCUGUGAUUCUGCAAACAUAUAUCAUCUGCACGUCAUCAGCCCAGCCUAUUACAUCCAAGCUUGAUGCAGGUUGGUGGGCGUAUAAGGACGUUGUCCAGGGCAGCUUUGUUCCAGUCCCAUCUUUCUGGGGUCUGGUGCACUCAGCCUGGAACUUGUGCGCCAUAGGGAAGAGGCAGUCGCCCAUUGACAUCGAGACCAGUCACAUGAUCUUUGACCCCUACCUGACCCCUCUGAGGCUCAACACAGCAGGACGGAAGAUGGGAUGUACCAUGUACAACACGGGGAAGCACGUGUCCCUGCGACCGGACAAAGCCCACCUGGUGAACAUCUCAGGGGGCCCACUGGGUUACAGCUACAGGCUGGAGGAGAUCCGCCUCCAUUUUGGGAGUGAGGAUUCCCAGGGUUCAGAGCACCUCCUCAAUGGACAGGGCUUUCCUGGAGAGGUCCAGCUGAUCCAUUAUAAUCAGGAUCUAUAUGCCAACUACACUGAGGCAGCUAAGAGCCCCCAUGGCAUUGCUGUGGUCUCCAUCUUCAUGAAGCUCUCUGAUAACUCCAACUCCUUCCUCAACCGCAUGCUCAAUAGAGACACCAUCACCAGAAUCAACUACAAACACGAUGCAUUCUUAUUAAUGGGCCUGAACAUAGCCGACCUUUACCCUGACACCACGCGCUACAUCACCUACGAGGGCUCUAUCACCAUCCCUCCCUGCUACGAGACUUCCACGUGGAUACUCAUCAACAAGCCUGUCUACGUGACACAGAUGCAGAUGCACUCCCUGCGCCUCCUCAGCCAGAACGAGCCCUACAAGAUCUUCCUGAGUAUGAGUGACAACACAAGGCCCAUUCAGCCUCUGUUGCAGCGCUGCAUCCGAACCAAUAUCAACUUCAAUAAGCCAGGCCGAGACUGCCCCAACAACCGCGCCCUCCGCCCGCAGUACAGAGGUAAUAUUAAGAAGGGGACGGGGAAGUAG